GGAAAAGAGAGUUGGAAAUGGCUCAGCUGGUUAAAGGGGCUUUUCCCUUCCUCACUCGUUAGCUUGCUUAAAACUUGAAACCUCACCAAUGGCGACGAGGCCGCCUCGGAGAGAAACAAGGCUGGCAAGGUCUAGAUCGACGAAGCGGCAGCCACAAUGCUUUUAGCCUGUGUCAGCCCUUCGAAACCCCAUUCAUCGUCUUAGUGGGCGUUCGGCUUUGUCCAAUGGGGUAAAAAAAGCAUCGCCAAUUCGCGUCGCUGGUGGGGUUUCUUGAAAACGCCCUUGUGAGAAAAGGAGGUGGCGUGAGAGUGACUGGGAGCAAUAUAGAGAGACUCAAGCUCGCAGCGAGCCAGGCUUUUCAAGACUACACGAUACACCACGAUACGCCACGAUACGCCAUGGGUCCCGAUGAAAAGUCGCCGUCAAUGGCCGGCUUGCUCACGAGUCUGCCGCAUUGGCUGUCAAGGAAAGGAGCUGUGCUUGUCCUCGCGGCCGGCAUUUCAUGUCUGUCACUGUUCUUCCUCUCCUCAUUCAGCCAUGAGAUGCUCCCAUCAUUUGUAUCAGGCGUCGACGAUACAUCUUUGGAUGGAUCAUCUGCGCAAGGGCUUCCUCUGAAUGAAACAUUCGUCAACCUUCCAGAAUGCGGUGCCGACCGGCAAAGGAUGGCAUCGCCAGAAAUUUGGAAUGCGGCAGAGGAAAAAUAUGGAAACAUGACGGAUGAGAAAUUCACAGUUGCAAUCUUGACAUACCGUCGACCAGACAUGCUCCAGGCCACCAUCGCCUGGCUCACCUACCAGAAAGUUCCGUCAUUGUACGAAGUUGUUGUAAUCUGGAACGAUAUUGAAGUACCGCCGCCAAAGGGCUUUGUUUCACAGCACGGCGUCAGGGUGCGAUAUCGGGUGAGCGAAUACAACAGUAUGAACAUGAAGUUCUUCCCGGAUCCGGAAUACCGCACCAAGGCCAUUCUCUUGCACGACGACGACGUCCACUACACGCUUGACGACAUGGAGUUUGCCUUCCAAACCUGGCGGAGUCAAGGCCAGUACCGCAUUACUGGCGCAUUCCCCCGUUGCGCUCUAAUGAAUUCGGAUGGCAACUGGGGAUACAGCUUUUGCACUCAACAGGGCUACUACAACAUGGUCCUCACAGGCCUCCUCUUCACGCACGUUUCGUUCCUCGAAUAUUACUCUUCGGCGGAUCCAUUGAUGGCCAGGAUUCGCAAAUACGUCGACGACAUCUUCAACUGCGACGACCUCGCGUUCAACUUCAUCGCUGCCAUGUUGACAUGCACCGGCCCUUACCAGGCCGUUGGGGCGAACUCGGCCUUCAAUGCAGCACCCCCGGGCAUCAGCGCACAGCCGUCACACAUGCCGACUCGGCAUCAAUGUAUGAGGGACUUCCCGGCAAUGUUUGGAUACAUGCCAUUGAAGAACACUACGGAGCAUCUUGUACGUGGACCUUUGUUUGAUGGGUCUCCAUUGAGAGCGCCGAUAGCGCCUCCGCCGGCUUCAGAACCCCUGCCUCCGGUAGAAACCCCGUCUCUGGGAGAGAAUCCUCCUCUGGUAACUCCGGAAGAGAACCCACCGCCGGUAGAAAACCUACCCGUGGCACCUCCGGCAGACAACCAACCUCCAGUUGAGAACGCCCCUCCAGUUGAGAAUCUGUCUCCGGUAGACAACGCCCCUCCGGUAGAGAAUCUACCCGUGUCACCUCCGGUAGACGACCCGCCUCCGGUUGAGCCUCCGGUUGAGAACGCUCCUCCGGUAGAGAAUCUGCCUCCGGUAGAGAACCCUCCUCCAGUUGAAGAUGCUCUUUCGGUUGAAAACAACCCUCCGGUAGACAACCCGCCUCCGAUACCCCCAGUGGACGACGCUCCCCCGCCACCUCCGGAACAAAACCAUCCCCCUGGAGCCAUCUGAGACCGCCUCUUAGAAAAAGUCAGCGUUGGUCGAGCUUAGGCUGUGAUUUGUUGUUGAAGACUUUGGUCCUAGAUGCAACUGUGCGACUAUUGGCUGAACAUAGGUCCCACGAAACAUUAACGUCUUGUAAUUAUAUCGUAUAAAUAUAGAAUAAAGAAAUAUCUGCAGCUUAGGGAUGAUAAUAUAACACCAAUGAGAGUAACUCCCC